AGAGCAAUAAUAUUACUAAUAAGUGUGCUGUACUUACAAAGGAAACACAUUGUGUCUUGUAGAUUUGACAGCAUUGACCCUUAUCAAAUGCUGGAUGCCUGGCACACUAAGAUCCAGCAGAUGGAAAUGACCAUGGCCUCCACUGCCAAGUCUGCCAGCCUGUUUGAGGUUAGCGUUCCAGACUACAAGCAGCUAAAGCAGUGCAGGAAGGAGGUCUGCCAGCUGAAGGACCUCUGGGACACCGCUGGGGUGGUGACCUCCAGCAUCCGUGCCUGGGAGACCACCAUGUGGAGGGAUAUCAAUGUGGAGGCCAUGGACGUGGAGUGCAAGCAGUUUGCCAGGCACAUCCGGAACCUUGACAAGGAAGUCAGGGCCUGGAAUGCCUUCACGGGCCUGGAAAGCACUGUGCUGAACACUCUGACCUCGCUGAGGGCUGUGGCUGAGCUCCAGAAUCCGGCCAUCCGGUGGCGGCACUGGGGGCAGCUGAUGCAGGCCACGGGUGUGAGCUUCACCGUGGGCGAGGGCACGACACUGGCACAGCUCCUGCAGCUCCAGCUGCACUGCUUUGAGGACAAGGUCUGGGGCAUUGUGGACAAAGCAGUGAAGGAGAUGGGGAUGGAGAAGACCUUGAAGGAGCUGCGGGCCACCUGGGCCAGCAUGGAGUUCCAGUACGAGCCCCACCUGCGGACCAACGUCCCCCUGCUGCGGUCGGAUGAAGGCCUCAUUGAGGUCCUGGAGGAUAACCAAGUGCAGCUUCAGAACCUGAUGACGUCCAAGUAUGUUGCUUUCUUCCUAGAGGAAGUGUUGGGCUGGCAGAGGAAGCUGUCCAUAGCUGAUGCUGUCAUCGCUAUCUGGUUUGAUGUGCAGCGCACGUGGUCUCAUCUGGAGAGUAUAUUCAUUGGAUCUGACGAUAUCCGGGCUCAGCUGCCCCAGGAUUCUAAAAGAUUUGAAGGGAUUGACGCUGACUUUAAGGAGCUAGCUUAUGAUGCUCAGAAAACUCCGAAUGUAGUGGAAGCCACCACCAAAGCAGGUCUUUACGAAAAACUGGAAGAUAUUCAGAGCAGAUUGUACCUGUGUGAGAAAGCCCUGGCAGAGUACCUGGAUACCAAAAGGCUUGCCUUCCCUAGGUUUUACUUUCUCUCUUCUUCUGAUUUGUUAGACAUCCUUUCCAACGGCACAGCUCCACAACAGGUUCAACGCCACCUUUCCAAACCCUUUGACAGUAUGGCCAAGAUGCAGUUCCAGCUAGAUGCCAGUGAGAGACCAACCAAGAUAAGUAUUGGCAUGUACAGCAAGGAAGAAGAGUACGUGGCCUUCAGUGAGCCUUGUGACUGUAGUGGUCAGGUGGAAAUAUGGUUGAACCACGUGCUUGCUCAAAGGAAGGCCAGCGUAAGGCACGAGAUGACAGAAGGUGUAACUGCAUAUGAAGAAAAGCCGAGGGAGCAGUGGCUCUUUGACUACCCAGCUCAGGUAGCCCUGACCUGCACUCAGAUCUGGUGGACCACAGAGGUGGGCAUUGCAUUUACCAGGCUGGAGGAAGGCUAUGAGAAUGCCAUGAAGGACUAUUAUAAGAAGCAAGUGGCCCAGCUCAAAACCCUCAUCACCAUGCUGAUUGGCCAGCUCUCCAAGGGGGACCAGCAGAAGAUCAUGACCAUAUGCACCAUUGAUGUGCAUGCCCAGGAUGUGAUGACCAAGAUGAUUGCUCAGAAGGUGGAUAAUGCCCAGGCCUUCCUCUGGCUGUCCCAGCUGCGGCACCAUUGGGAUGAUGAAGCCAAGCACUGCUUCGCUAACAUCUGUGAUGCCCAGUUUCAAUAUUCCUAAGAGUACUUGGGAAAUACACCUCGCCUGGUGAUCACGCCGUUGACAGACAGAUGCUACAUCACCCUCACACAGUCUCUGCACCUGACCAUGAGUGGAGCUCCAUCAGGACCUGCAGGAACAGGCAAGACAGAGACCACCAAGGACCUGGGUCGAGCACUGGGCAUCAUGGUCUAUGUGUUUAACUGCUCAGAGCAGAUGGACUACAAGUCUUGUGGCAACAUCUACAAGGGCCUGGCUCAGACAGGUGCCUGGGGCUGUUUUGAUGAGUUUAAUCGAAUCUUCGUGGAAGCCUUGUCAGUGGUGGCCAUGCAGGUAUGGGGGCCAGAUGCUGUUCAGAGCCUUGCAGUCUGGAUGCCACAUGCUGCGGAAGUCUACAGCCUCUUGUUUUCUACCUCUCUUCACCCACUUCCCUAUCAGUUUCUUCCCGGGCAUUUCCCCUUCCUUCUC